AUGACCGCAUCUCCCACAGUCAGUAACCUCGACAUCCACGCACACGCCCACUCCACCUUAUCCUCGCCCACUACCUCCGAAGCCACUAGUAUCAGCACCUUUUCUCCACCAACUCCUGGCCUUGAUAAUCCUGACCUCCUGCUCCCUGAUGGCAUGGCUAAUUCUACCUCCAAAAAGUCGGUUGGGGAAUCCAUCCUGCGUCAAUAUGCCGAAUAUCUAGAUCCCAUUGACGCCAAUGGCCAAACACAUGCAGUGCGCAACUUGGCUCACCCAGAGCCCGAUCUCGUGAGCGAGAAAUCCCACAGCGGCGACAGCGCGGCUCCCAGCGAUCCUCUGAAGACCUCAUAUAUUGCCCAUCAUCCUACCGUUCCCGUCCCAAAGCCUCUUCUGCUGCCGAAAUCUCUGCUCGCCCACCGCAAAAACCCAAAGUCAAUAGAUAUACCGAGACAAACCAUCAUGAAGGCUAUGGUGUCGCGGCGGCCUAGUGCGGGCCCUAACACGGCGCCAUUGACACUGAAUGCUCUCAAGACAGCCAUCAACGAAGUCGACUCGGAUCAGCAAGGAGGCUGCGCUGCGUCACCAUCCCUAACGGCCACCUUUGCUGGUCUCCAGGCCGGCGCUCUGUCAGCCUAUUCGCCCACGUCGACGAGUUUUCUUCGCUCGCCGUGUUUUUUCCAUCAGCGGUUUGACGGGGUUGUGGACAUUCAGAAAGUCUUGGAUGAGAUUGCGGAUGACGACUACUCGCAUUCGAGACUGAUGCAAACUGCAACGGGUGUAAGAGAGGUUUCCAAACAGCUUCAGCGCAAACCGCUGAAGCGAGCCGUACGCAACGUUAUGAUCGUGACUAAGGCUCGCGAUAACAACCUCGUUUAUUUGACGCGUGAGCUUGCAGAAUGGCUGCUCUCCACGCCUCGGUACGGGAGCGAGCUUGGGGUGAAUGUCUAUGUGGAUGCCAAGCUCCGCCAUUCGAAACGCUUCGAUGCCGCUGGAUUGUUGGCAAAGGAACCUCGGUUCAGCAAGAUGUUGAAGUAUUGGACUCCGGACUUGUGCUGGUCAUCGCCGGAGAAAUUCGACCUGGUUCUCACAAUGGGAGGUGAUGGCACCGUGUUGUUUACCUCGUGGCUGUUUCAGCGCGUGGUGCCACCCGUGCUUUCCUUUUCGUUGGGAAGCUUAGGUUUCUUGACGAAUUUUGAGUUCGACAAAUACAAAGAACACCUUGAUCGGGUCAUGGGCGACGCUGGAAUGCGAGUCAACCUUCGCAUGCGAUUUACCUGCACUGUCUGGAGAGCUGAUCGAUCCCCCGGAGCGGUGAAAGGCGCUGCGGAGGAGGGUGAGCAGUUCGAAGUUUUAAACGAACUUGUCAUUGACCGUGGUCCUUCGGCCUAUGUGUCCAACUUAGAGCUUUACGGUGACGAUGAGCUCCUGACCAUUGUGCAGGCUGACGGGUGUAUCUUUUCCACGCCGACAGGAUCCACGGCUUACUCCCUGUCAGCUGGAGGUUCUCUGAUACACCCAUCUAUUCCUGCCAUCUUGUUGACGCCCAUUUGUCCACACACUCUCUCUUUCCGUCCGAUGGUGCUGUCGGACACUCUUGCAUUGCGAAUAGCAGUGCCUCACAAGUCCCGGUCGUCAGCAUAUUGCUCCUUUGAUGGAAAGGGACGGAUUGAGUUGAGGCAAGGGGAUUAUGUGACCCUGGAAGCGUCGCAAUAUCCCCUCCCUACCGUUAUGACCGGCACAAAUGAAUGGGUGGAAAGCGUACAAAGGGCUUUGAGAUGGAAUGUCAGAGGAGCAGUCCAAAAAGGAUGGGACAACGGGGAUGAUGAGGACGGUGUUCAUGUUGAGGAGAAAUGGGACAUUGACAUCGACUCUAAUCCCUGCGGAGGGACGGACAGCGGCAUCGGUCCCAGUGAGGAUGGGGACCAGGCAGCAAGCCCCAUGAGGCGGCAGCUGAGCAUGUUGAAUAUGUGA